AUGUAAAUCGUAGAUAAGAGAUUGAUUGCUCCAAAGCAAUUUAGAAUAUAUCUGAUCUUACAUCAUUGUUUCAAUUUAAUUCAUGGAGUAUGGUUUUGUUAUUAUUAUCUUGAUAACCUCAUAAAUGGUAAAUUAGAAUUCAGAUUAGCAUGGUUUAGAUUCUUAUAUUUAUUUUUUAUUUUUAUACUUAGUUUAGUUGGAUCUGUACUUUAAGUUUUAAUAAUACCUUAAUUGAUAACAUUAAAUAAUAAAAACAAGAGAGAUUUGAUAAAUUCAUUAAAAUUAUUGUUAAAAUACAAAUUGAAUUAAUAUAUAGGUAUAACAGAAUAAUUUAUCAAUUUUUUUUAUUUUGGAGGAUCAGGAUUAAUGAUUUGGGAUAUUUUUGGAACUUUUAAUGAAGAAAUUCAAGUUGUUAUGUAAAAUAAAUAAUAUAUUGUAAAUAGAUAUUUAAUUAGGUAUUCAAUUUAUAUUAACCUCUUCAAAUAUUUUUUAGUAAAAUACUUUUUAGAAAAGAAUCUUGAGAAAUCCUUAUUAGAAGAGGAAUAAAAUUAAUUCAUAUAAAUUUAUUAGUUAAAGGAAAAUUCAGCAAUAAUAAAAGAGGAAUGCCCAAUUUGUUAUGAUUCUUUCAAAUCAAAGGAUUUUCUAGCUCAAUAUUUAUGUGCAGGAAAACAUAAUUUUCAUAAGGAAUGUUUAAUUAAAUGGUUAAAAAUGCCAUAUAAUAAAUAAAAGACAUGUCCUUACUGCAAACAAUAGCCAUAAGAUUUCACUAAAGCUUUUUUAUGA